UUGUGCACACGUGCUGAUAGUGUGUUGUGCCGUGAUGACUGCAUCAACGUCUGAGAAGCCGUUGUUUAAGAUUCCUGAUAUUCACAACAAUCCCACUGGAUGGGGACCAUGUGCUAUUCCUGCUCAGUUUAAAGACACGCCUUAUCAGCCUUUCUCGAAGGCAGAUCGCUUAGGAAAGGCAUCUGAUUGGACUGGUGCUCUUUAUCAAGAUCGCCGUCAAGUCAACAAGUACACUUCUCAGGUGGGAGCUGGUGGGAGCAUGUACAAUUAUGUUCAUGAGGAAGACGAGUCAACAUACACUCUUGUGGACACAACUCGCGUACACAAAUCGGCAUACCAGAAGAACAGAGCUCGCAUUGCUCAACAUCGAUUUCAGAGACAGUCAAAGGAACGAAGGGAGAAGGGAGUAAUGAUUCCAUUGUCGAAAGCACAGAAAAAUAGAGAAAGAGAUCGAAUGCGACAGCAGAGAAAGUGGCAGAAACAAUAUCGUGGACGAUGGCAGCACCAGAAACCAAAGAAUCCGAUCAAGCCACGCAACGCGUCCGUCGAAGUCCGUGCUAACUGGGAAAUACUCGAAGAAAUGGACUUUGUAAGAUUAGGAAAACUAUGGAUGGAUCCUCCACCACCAGAAGACUUGAAGUGUUGUGGUUCGAUGGGUUACUAUGACAAGCAAUAUGACAGAGCCACUACAAAGGCCGAUAUGCCUUUGGUCGGAGUCAAUAGAAUUUUUCACAAAGUCACGACGUCCGAUGAUCCGGUUAUACAGCAGCUGACUCGAGACUUUAGGAACAGUCCCACGGCUACUGUGUAUGCAACUGACUCUAUUCUUUCAACUUUGAUGACGUGCACACGUUCGGUAUAUUCAUGGGAUGUAGUGGCACAGAGAAUCGGACAGAAAACGUUGAUAUUAGAUAAACGAGACAAGUCACAGUUUGAUCUUUUGACUGUCAAUGAGACAGCAGGAGAGCCUCCCCAAGAUGAAGGUACAAGCAUGAACUCGCCGGCAAAUUUGGCCUUGGAAGCGACAUUCAUCAAUCAGAACUUCUCACAGCAAGUACUGCGGAAGACAGGAGCUUGGCAUGUGUUUCCAGCGCCCAAUCCAUUUGCUGAAGAGGACAGUCGUGAUGUAGCAUCUGUUGGCUACAGAUAUAGGAAAUGGCAUUUGAGUGACGAGACGGUGCUUGUCGCUCGUUGCGAACAUGACGCUCUCUUACAAAUGCCAGACAGCAAUGAGGUUUUCAUGAACAUCAAAGCAUUUAACGAGUGGGAUCCACAGCCUGGCACUGAUUGGCGACAAAAAUUGGAUAGCCAACGUGGAGCCGUUCUUGCUACCGAGCUUAAGAAUAACAGUGCCAAGUUGGCUAAGUGGACUAUUUCAUCAAUAUUGGCCGGUUCUCAAAUUAUUAAGCUUGGAUAUGUGGCUCGUGUGCAUCCUCGUAACUCAAGCAAGCACAUCAUUCUCGGAACACAGCAGUUCAAACCACGAGAAUUCGCCACUCAGAUCAACCUAGACAUUGGAAAUUCAUGGGGAAUACUUCGAGUUGUGGUUGAUCUUUUGAUGAAGAUGAAUCCUGGAAAAUAUCUGAUCCUGAAAGAUCCAAACAAGCCGUUUGUUCGUAUCUACAAAGUGCCACAGUCUGAAUUUGAGAGUGAAGAAGAAGAUUCCGAAGAAGAAGAGGAGAGUUCAGAGAAUGAAGAAAAAGCAGAUGGUCGGUAGUUGUGACGUUGACAAUCGUUGAGGUUGUUAGGCUAAGAUGAGAUGACAUUUAUAGAUCGUUAAACUCUUACCUCGUGUAGUCUUAUGACAAGACAAUUCUAAUUCUCUUAACCAAAAGUGUUGUUUGUGUGGA